AUGGCAAACCACCUCUGCCCACCUCAUGAGGUCACCCCAAGUCAGCGGCGACUUGAUGGCUCUUUCCCCCGCCACGUCCACAAGGGAAGUCCUUGGAACAGGGAUGCCAUUUUGGGCAGCCCCCCAGAGGGAGAAAUAGAUUUGGCCUGCAAAAUCCCCGGGGGCCACGGAAACGCGAGCCAGGCAAGCGGGCGGCUUCCAUGUGGAAAUGGGAAAAAGCACACCCAGUCAAACCCUGGCUACUACGACCUCCAAGCGCGCGACAUGGCCAUAUGGCACGUCCCCAACCUCACCCCCAUGAAAGAAUGGCGAAAUGCCGCCAUCUUGAGGUAUCACACCGAGACGGGUUUCUUAUCUGUUGAAGGAGGCAACCUCCUCAGGCUCUAUCAGCAAUACCCAGUUACCUACGGGCUCGGCAGCUGCCCCAAAAACAACGGCCCCAUCGUGCCGGUGGUCUACGAUUACGGCAAUGCCGAGCAGACAUCCCACUACCACUCUCCGAAUAGCAGAAGUGAAAUUGUCGCCGGCUACAUCCAGUUUCGGGUGUUCAACCACGAGAAAGCUGUCAUGGCUCUCUGUCCCGGCUUCAAAGCCACCGGCUGCAACACUGAAUAUUACUGUGUUGGUGGAGGAGGGUAUUAUCCUGAAAACGCUCGCCAGUGUGGCGACUUCACAGCCUACGACUGGAACGGCUACGGCACCCACAAAGACUGGAGCGCCUCCAAAGCGCUGUUGGAGUCCGCUUUGCUCCUCUUUUACCGAUAAGUCAGUAUGCAAAUGUGCCAGGAAUUUCUCCCUUGUAACCAGUAAUGCCAAUAAAAGAAUACA